AUGACCCCUGUGAGUGUCCAAGUAGAUGUGGUGGUUGCAGGAGGAGGGAGAUGGGUCAGAGUCUUCUGUAGGAAAGCAUCUGCACUCCACCGCAGGUGGCUGGGAGAUGGACAGUUUGGUGAUAAGUCAGUGGGUGACAUAGCCACAGAGUAUGUAGAAACUGGGAAACAGAACUUGCGCAAGUUCCAACCUCCCAGAAUAUCCUUCGUCUUCUUUGAUGGAAUCACAGAGAGUGUCUCAGGUGUGCUAGAGAGCAAUGGGAUAGAGGUGGUGGGUCCAGUCUAUCCAGAUGAGGCCACGGAAGACACACCCUCUUUUCACCACGUGAUGUCACUGGUCAGGGAAGGACUUAGAGAAGGAGAAUUAUCUCACUGUGACAGCAGACACCCUUGUCCAGAGACCUGUGGCUAGACUGGAACCUACAAACACCGACUGUGAGCGUGUGAACCUGGAUGUGUCGUCAAUGUUGGCCUGGGUCUCCUCCCUGACUCAUGGUGGAGAGAUGUACACUCUCCAGGAGAGGAUACUGAAUGAGGCAGGCAGAGCAAGAACGCCAGUCUCCACUGUGGCCUCAGCUACAGAGAGCUACCAGAGGUGAUGACACUAUUGUUACUGUGCUUCUUUGUGUGUUCAGGCUAGGGAAGAUUGGUGAGAUUGGGUGUGCAGUUGAUGCUUGUGUUAGUGUUUGUUCCCUUACUUUGUAUGUGUUGUAAGAAACUGAUGGCCUGUCGCACAGCAGCUGAUGGGUUUUCUGACAUAGUGGGUAAGGUAGGAGGAGAGCAGGAAAAGGCCAGGGCAAGAUCUCUAUUGGCUAUGGUUGAGGUAGUGGAUGACUGCCCAUCACCGCGAGCGAUGACACUGUCUGUCAGUCACAGAAUCACCCCCAGAGCCAAGAUAGUGUUUGGCAGUGGAGACACACUCCGUACCUUGACACUCACUGCAAAUGGAGGUUUUGUUAGGGCAGCAGCACACCAGGGGGUGCAUUUCGAGGUGUGUGUUCAUUCCUCAAGAGCACUAACAGAGGCCAAGCAGCAGUCUUCAGUGUUAGACAAUACUUGAACUCAGAACUAUUAGCUGUUCUUGUUCUAUUAUCUUAAUGUUUUCUGACG